AUGCGUCGUAUCGCUAUAAGUUCUUGGCGUUUAUCUUCACAAUUUGCCGGUGUUAAAGAUCGAGUGAAGUACAUUCCUCGUCGUUCAUUGCUGUACGUACCGACCAGUAGUCAAAAGAUGCUUGACAAGGUGCCAAAUAUCCAGGCAGACUGUGUUGUGCUCGAGCUUGAGGAUGGGGUGGCAUUGACUUCAAAAGCGUUGGCACGUCGUCAAGCUGUAGAUGCUCUAGACAAACUAUUGAGACAGCAACUGCACUGCUUUGAGUUAGGCUUACGAGUGAACUCAGUUUCAAGCGGACUAAUGGAUGACGAUGUGAAGGAAGUUUGUAAGGCAGAAAGUUUACCACAAGCAUUUAUGGUUCCGAAGGUGGAUACACCAGAGGACGUUGCAACUAUUUAUGACAUCUUCAGAAGUAACUACACUCCUAAGCGAGUCACUGACACAAGUACUCGUCUGGUCAUUUGGAUAGAAUCAGCCCGUGCUCUUUUGGAUAUGCCUAGGAUUUUGUCGUCCACAUUGAAUCUUCAUAAGAAUUCUGGUUUUUUCAAGUUGGACGCUGUUGUUUUUGGUUCUGAUGACUAUUGCGCAGAUAUUGGUGCGACUCGUUCAUCUGAAGGCAAAGAAGUGAUGUACGCUCGACAACGGUUUGUCGCGUGCUGUAAGGCAUUUCAAUUGCAAGCAAUCGACAGUGUUUUCAUUGAUAUCAAAGACAUGGACGGGUUGAGAAGACAGUGCAUAGAAGGCCACAGUUGGGGUUUCACAGGAAAACAGAGCAUUCAUCCAACACAGGUGCCAGUGAUUCAGGAGGCGUUCUUACCGUCGUCCGAUAAAGUGGAGUGGGCGACAGAGUUGGCUCAUGCAUUCAGUCAACAUCAGAUUGAAGGGAAAGGAGCGUUUCAAUUUCGUGGUCAGAUGGUAGAUCGGCCGUUAUUAUUGCAGGCGAUGAACGUCAUUCAGCUCGUGGAAAGAGUAGGUGUUGAGAUAAGAAGCGUUAACAAGUAA